AUUAAAAAGAAAAAUUGGAUUUUAUAAUUGAUAUUUAAUUUAAUAGUUGAAUUCGUGAGUUGAUUAAAGCUGGACUACUAUGGAAAACCUGGAAGUACUGGACGACCGAUUCGUCUUAGUAUGAGAUUCGUCAGCAGUGCGUAUCCAUGAUCCCGCACUUAGGAUACGAACCUAGGACCUUCGGUUUCGUGUGCGAUCGCUUGACCUCUAGACUACUGAGCCGGUGCGCGGAAUCGUGGAUGUGUACUACUGACGAGUCCCAUACUAAGACGAAACGGCCGUGCAGUGCUUCCAGGUUUUCCAUAGUAGUCUAGGUUUAAUCGACUCAUGAAUUCAACUAUAAAAUUACUACAAUCUCCACAAAACUCCCAGUUGAUGAUACUUAAUUAUUAAGAAUAUUAAUAAUCGACCUAAAAUGAACCGAUUUAUCAAAACAAAUGAAGCAGUUAGGUGUCUUACGAUUAUUCGGAAUACUUGCUUUACUGGAAAAGUUAAAGAAACAUAGUCUUCAACAUCCGUACGUUAUAUUUAAGCUAACGAAUUAAGAUCAGUAAAUAAUGUAAUUACCAGUUCAUGUAUAUUACAAAAUCGUUUCAUGAGAACAACUGUAUUUGAGAUAAAUCUAGUCAUGUUCGAUAAGUUAAUUUGAAUAACAAGACUGUGAAUCACUCAAUGGACUCUAACUAGGUUAUCUAUAGAUUCCACCCCCAUUAUGAUGCCUAAAUUUACUUGAUUCGCAUUUCAUGUAGAGUUGUGCUUAUAAACUGAUAGUGAAUCAUGCACAGGGAAAAAGCAACUAUUCACCGACCUCUGACUUUCAAAAUGAUCAUUCGAAUUACACCAGUCCGUUAUGAACAUGUUUCUACUAAUUACUUAUGUAAGAUGUUAUAACGUUUAAAGUUGAUGUAGACUAGCGAUUUAUUUUACAUGGAUUUAUUUUCGAUAGUUCUAAUAAACAUCAUGAUCAAUGAGAACCAGUCAAUAGUAUAAACGUGUGUUUGCUAAUUAUCAAGAGAUUUAUUUACAUACUCACGCCUGUUACUCCUCGUAGAGGAGCAUAGGUCGCCCACCUCACUUUCCAUCUAACCCUGUCCUGGGCAAUCAUUUCCAGAUCUUUCCAUUUGUUAUUUAUCCUUUUCAUAUCUGCUUCUAUUUCCAGACGUAAUGUGUUCUUUGGGCUUCCUCUUUUCUACUUCCCUUCACAAUUCAAUGUUAGAGUUUGCCUCGUAAUACAGUUUGAUGAUUUCCAAAAUGUAUGUCCUAUCCACUUCCAAUAUCUUUUCUUAAUUUCCUCUUCAUCUGGAAGCUGGUUUGUUCUCUCCUACAUACGGCUGUUGGUGAUGAUAACCAGUUAACGAAUAUUGAGUAUCUUGCGUAGUCAACUAUUAAUAAAUAUUUCUAACUUUUUAAUGAUGGCCGUAGUAGUUCUCCAAGGUUCAGCUUCGUAUAGUAGAACUGUCUUGACGUUCGUAUUGAUGAUUCUGACUUUGAUAUUGGUUGAGAGUUGUUUUAAGUUCCAUAUGUUCUUCAUCAUCAAAAAAUACUGUCACUAAAUCUAACUGGUCCACAAAACUAGAAGAAAUCUCAACUGUUGAUGUGAAAUUCAAAGUGUAUCAGUAGUAAAUUGCCAGUUGACUCGAAUGUUCAAACUUGAAAAUAAAUAUUGAGAUAGAAUAAUGUUUAAAGUUUCAGUUAAAGGUUUUCGUAGCGGAAAUGUUUGUUCAUCGCUGACUUUUAACUAACAUAUUUAUAAACCAGUCAUAUACAAUUAUAUAAUUAUAUUCGUAUUCUUGAUACAACUAUAAUAUAUAUAAGAAAGAAAGAUUAGUUCAGCGAAGAGUUCUCUUUUCGGCGAAUUCAUUUUCAAAGCUGUACAAUCGCAAAUAUAUAUACUUAUUUUUUACAGGGUGAUAAUAAUACUGAUAAUAAACUUCUGUUAUACAUGGUGACAGUGAGGGUAAAUAAACAACGGUAUUAGAAAAAAAUUUUUUUAAUAACAAGGAAAGUUUGAUAGUUAAUGGCUUAAGUAUUCAUCGGGUAAGGAUGGCUCAGCAUGAUAAAAUAACAGAGAUGAAAUGUAAUCGGAAUGAUCGUGGAAAUAAAAACAAACCGGUUGGGGGUAGAAGAUUUGAAGGGAAGAUGGAAGGUGAAGCAGAGGUUAAGAUGUCAGCCGCAAAACCGAAAGUUUUGGGUUCGAAUCCCGCACUCAAGAUCGUGGAUACUCACUACUGAGGAAUCAAUAUACUGGGACGAAAUGGCCUUCCAAUGCUUCCAGGUUUUCCAUGAUAGUCUAGCUUCAAUUGAAUCAUAAAUUCAUCUACUGAAUUACUAUAAUAUCCACAAAACCCUUUUCUGAAAUUUAUUGACUUAAAAAAACUACUUUCAUCAUGUAAAACUUCAUUCAACUUUUGUUAAUAAAUUAAAAUGUUUAUAAAUUUAUGCAUGGAAACAUUAUAAUGGUAUUACUGAAUUCUAUACAUUAAAUGGGAUUUUAUUAUCAUUUAAGUUUCCAGUAAAUUUUAUAAAUUCUGUAAUGGUAAUAUGAUAUAAUCAUAAGUUAUGUCAUGAAGUUUCAGCUUCAGUUUGGAUACGACAGGAGGCUUGAUGACCUGUGUUAGUCUUGAAGGGAUACUGAAUCCUAUGUAAAUAGUUAUCCGUAAUAAUACUAUUGAACUGUAAAAGUAGUUGGACAUUGUGCUCUUUAAUCGAUUAGAUUUUUCUAAUUAUUUCAUAAUGAUAUAAAUCUUGAACUAUCACAUUUAUAACUAGUAGAUUUAUAGUAGCCCCAUCUUAUAUAUCCUUGGAAGUUUUAUUGAACUAUUAACUGGCGAGAAGUCAUGUUUUAUACCAAGCAUCGUUACAUUUAGCUUUGAACACUUGAUUGAGUAGUUGAAUAUUGUACUGUGUUUCUUUAUGUCAUUCUGAAUAAAUAUGUACACAUAUUCUGUCGGUUUCGAAUAGUCUGAUGUUGUGUUCUCUUUGCUGUUAUCUUUUCAGCUUCUAUUGUUUUCUGAAAUAAACGUUUCUAUAAUCUCCUACAAGUGAAACACGAUUUUACAAUGUUUAAUUCAGAGUAAAAGGAGUAUUUGGGUAGUUAAACAUCGCGAGAUGACAUAGAACGACAGCUUUGAAUUAGACAAAAAUUUAAAUGUUCAUUUCAACACGUAUAAUUAGGAAAAUAUUACUCGGUAAAUUUCAGCUAGCGGAAAUCAUUUGUCUUCUAUCCAAAUUGUAACUAAAUAUACUGAUGAAAUAGGUUUGUGGCCGAAAGCUUGUUGGUAUCGUAGUCGUACGACAAAAAUUCAACCAAACUUUAUAAGAGAUUCGGUCUUAGCAGCAAAGUUAACAUUACUGGCCGAAUUUUUAAAUCAUAUUUUGUUAAUGUGGAAUUACACCUCAAUAAAUACAUGCACAAGUGUCCUGAAAAAAGCAGUAUACGAGAUUUAUAGAGAUUGUUAUGCUUCAUAAUUUGCAUCACUAACUCUCCUAAGUUAGACGACUACAUAAUGUCACGAAUGGAUUGAAGUUGUACACUGCAGAGCGCUGGAUGUCAAUUUAGUGGUUCAAGGGUUAACAACCUGCCGCCAAACCUGAAUAUCAUAGAUUUGGUCUCUAGUGGGAUCGUUAGUACUCAAUGGUGAGGGGUCUUAUAGUGACUAAAAACUAUCCAUAGCUUCCUGGUUUUUGAUAGUUGCAUUGUUACGGCUCUGUCAUAUAUCACGUGACAAAACACCUUGUCCCUGGUCUAAACCAGUGAAGCAUUAGCUAGCACGAGCAGUCUUGAGUCAACUGUGAGUCCUUAUUGGAAUCCAUUAUAGUUACUUCCCGUCUAAUCCAGCCCCUUCAGUCCAGUACAUAAAUAUGAGCCUCAACUGUGUGAAUCGUAUAUUUCAGACAUACGUGGUUUAUAUACAUGCAGACCAAACCGCAUCACACAAUAAAAUGAAAAACAAUAAUUAUACAAGAUCAGGCCAAAAGUGGCUAUGGGUGCAGGAGAUUGUAACAAAUGGACUGGGAAUAAAUUAAGAAUAGUAAAUCAUACAACAAUAGUCAAUAGGUCAAAUGAAAGCUUAUGAUGGCAGGAAUAUAAAUACAUAUAUAUACAUAUAAUCUAGUUACGGAGUGAGAAUAUACGUAAUAAUAGUCCACAAAAAAUCCUUAGCAGUUAUCAUUCAUUUGUCAUUCGACCUGAUAUAACAUGGAUAGCUAAUGACAGUUUGUCAUUUAAACUAUAAAAGUUAGUAUGGUGGCAGAUAUAAUUUUUUAACUUCAUAUACUGCUCGUCCUGAAAACCGUUACUAGAUAAAAUCAAUGGGACGAUUCAAAUAAGCAAUACAAAACGAAUUUAAGCUUCACCAUAUUACACAAUCUAGUGGUUAUAAGAAUUCACUAACUGAGUGGAUAACACGAUAGCGUUUGAAGCGCAUAAUAUUGGGUUUGAGUCCCAGAGUGAACAUAAACUCUGAAAUGUAGAUACAUCCAGCUGAUGAAUUCCAAAUAGAACAAAACACGCAUCCUUCAUUCCACUACUAACCAUUAUCCUUCCCUACUUAUAAAAUUGAAAAAUGUUUAUGAUUUCAUAAUCAUUUUUUUCUUUAUUUUUAACUAUACUAUUCAUACUAAAUAAAAUGACAUUUGAAAUUUUGAUUUAAUUUACAUGGAAUACAACUUGAUUAACAUUCUAAACAUAAAUGAGAGAUUUUUCACAGUGAAGCAUUUGAUUACUUUAAUUCAUUUAGACUGAUAGGUCCUGGGUUCGAAUCUCACUGGAGGGGCAGGAUCGUGGUUGCGCACUGAUGAGGAAUCCCGUAGUAGGACGAAACAGCCGUCCAGUUCUUCCAGGUUUUCCACGAUGGUUUAGCUUCAAUUGACUCAUGAUUUCAACUACUGAAAUUACUAAAAUCUCCACAAAACCCCUUCUGACAAAAAUUAUAAAUUCAAUAUCUAGAAAUUAGAUUAAAUUCACUCCAUGUUUCAUUCAUUCUAUACAAUUUACUAAUUUAAGAACGUAUAAAAUAUAAUUCAGUUGUAUACAUUUAAUCAUAAUGUAAACAAUUUCAUAUAAAUCACUAUCACAUUUUAAUUGUUUAUAAAUUAGAAUAAUUUUUAGAUUCUCUUAAUAGAUAAACCCUUUUCACCUUAAUAAUUAUCUUUGUUGUGUAUGAUGAUAAUCAGUGUAAUCUGUCCCGACGUGCGAUGUUUUAUGGUGUAGGAGUAGGUUAGAAGAAAGCUAGGAGUAGUCAGACCAAAACAUAGGACAAAUCCAUAAAGUCACUGACAAGUAGACUGUGCAAUGUUGGUAGGUGUAGACUACCUGGUUGGGAUCCGCAAGAUGAUAGCAACCGAUGGUUAGAGGCCUUGAAUGACAUGACUCAAAAUCGUUUGCAAUGGCUCAGGUGCAUCCACUCUUUGUGUUCUCCCAAAUUCUAAUCUUCUGAAUUCUUCAUGUCCCUUUCUUUUUUCUCUUUCCAAAUUUAUUUCCCUAUAUUAUACUCCUUGAAUAACAUCUUCAAACCCUAAUCAUUCCGAUUACUGCUUAUAGUUUUACUAACUCUGCCACUAUGGGAUUUGAAUCGACAAUUGUAUCGGUGUGCUAAUGUGGUGUGGAAACUAGUAUGUACGAAGUUCUACGUUGUUACUGACUGACUGACUGACUGAUUGAGUGUAAUUUGUCAAUAAAUUGCAUAAUAAAUUUAUAUGUAAUAUAUUACAAAGUGAUUGAAUAAUAUGACACAUGAUAUUAUUAAAACUAAUGACUAACCCUUAAAAUUGGGAACUAAUGUGGUACCUCAUGACAGUGUUGAUCAACAUUAGUACUUCCUAAUCAAUAGCAUAGUCCUUGACUUCUUAGACACUUGUUAUUGCUAAGAGAAUAGCCACAUCACGAAUGCAGAUCUUAACCUAUAAACUAAGACUGACAAUUACUACUAAAUACUAGUUAGCAACAUGAUCUCCUUCCUGUGAUUCCCUUUGAGUAGUAGUAGUAAUAGUAGGUGUUACGGCUAAUUAUAUUCAAGUUGUUUGAUUUUACCCUUGUAUACUAAAAUUUUUCUAUAUAUUGUCUUUAGCAUAUAACGAGAGUUAUGUAGCAUUGCAUUCAUGAAUUUUGGUUCCUCUUUUCAGGAAUAAUUUCACGUGUUACUUAGGUGAUGGUUUUUUAAAUUAUACAGCGGGAAUAAUAAGUUUACUUAACUGAUGAGCAACUGAGUAUAUUCGACAAGUUACUGUUUUAUUGAAACAAAGUCAGAAGGAAAAUAUUAGCUGAAUACUUUUAAUUCGUUGUAAUUCAUUGUUUUCUCUUCAUAUACAUAUAAGCUAAUGAGUUUGGUCAAUUCAGGUUAACAUUGCCUAAUAAAUGAAGUGUUAAUCAAUCAUAUGGUCUAACUAUACUGGAGAGGUAUACCAGUUAUUUCAUUGAAAACGCUUGGACCAGAUUGCCAGGUGAAAUAUUGGAUUCACUCCGAAUUCAUUCGCUGAAACUUUACAAAUAUAUUCUUCCCCUUUAAUGUCUAACGAUUAUAACUUUAAGAUGGUGGUUAGAGGUAGCCAGAGGUAGUCACCCUGGACCCGGGUUUCGUGCUACUUGGAACUCGUCAGCAAGGUGUACCUGUAAUCUUGAGGGAACUGGUGCUCCCUGACGGGUUCGAUUCUGUGUCACCUAGCUUCAGAAUCAGAGACGUUACCACUGGGCCAUCCGGUCCGCGACCGACCUCCUGUAGGACUGAAAUGUAGUCACAAUUGAUUGAUCACUGGGUGAUGAUCAAUGCCAUGUGUGUCAAGUCCUUCUUAGUACAGAUCGACUACCUCCAACCACCAUCUUAUCUCAACAUAAUGCACGCGAAUUCGAGUCACCUAGACUAGUUGCCACAUUGCAGCUUGGUCGAUAGCAUUCGAUCUACACUGAGAAGGACUUGACACACAUGAUAUUGAUCACCACCCAGUGAUCAAUCAAUUGUGAUUGUUAACUUUGAAUAAAUACUAACCAUUAAACCAUCACACAUUAUUAAUUCUAAUUUCAUCAUCAGUAUAAAUUGAUAUAAAGCUAGAUACAUCAAAAUGAUUGGAAUACAAGUGAGCAUAUUAAGGUAAUUCACAAUUGAUGUUUGUUUAUGCAUAAUUAAUCUUGUAUUUCAUGAAUUAUUUGAACUAUUUAUGAAUUAUACAAUCGUGGAUCGCGGAUAUGCACUGCCACUAAGGAGUCCCACAAUAGGACGAAACAUCCGUCUAGUGCUUCUAAGUUUUCCAUGAUGGUCUAGCGUCAAUUGACUAAUGAUUUCAACUAUUAAAAUAUAUAAUCCUUGUCAAUAAUUGGUAAAGUUGAAUGUUUGUUCAUAACUUCAACUGGUAUGUUAACAAGAUAUAUGCGAAAAGAAAUCAGUUAAAAUUGGUUAUAGUGAUCUCUAAUAUAAAAGUAUCAUAAAUUUUCAAAUACUUUGACUAAAGAAAACUAAGUCUGUCAACUAGAAUAUGUGAUAUCAAGCUAAUUACAUCGUUCAGUGGCACACGUGACUGGUUAAUAAUACUUUCAUAUUUAGAGAUUACGAAUGCGGAUGCUGACUGUAUACUUUCAAGUGAAAAAGUGGUUGCUUUCAUGGUUAGAUGUAUAACAUAUUUACUCAAAUAUAAGAAAUAGAAUCAAGUUAUGUAUGAUCUAUGAAUGGAUUAAAGUCAGUUCACUAUGAGAAAUCUUUACAAUUCACCGAGCUAAACAAAACUGUUCUUUGACUAAUAUGUAAAUUAAGAAAAGAUCUCUGAAUGAUAAAUAAGAACUUUCAUCUAAAUUUGAUCGAAUAGUUUCACAGUAUUUGGGUGCCGAGUUAAUGUGAGACAUUAAAGAAGAAAAGCUUGGAUCAAAUUGUCAGGUGAAACGUUGGAUUUACUUCAAAUUCUUUCGCUGAGAAUUUACAAAUACAUUCUUCUUCUUUAAGAUCUCUGGAUGUUUUAAUGGGAAUCUGCAAACUAUAUAAUGCAUUCAAUCAGUGAUUUUUUUUUCAUUCAUGUCAUUUCAUAAAAUUAUUAUCAUUUUUGGUAUCAUAAAUACAUUUAUGUUACUAUGGCUACUAUAUAAACAUGAUGUAUAUAAUAAUUGGACGGUAACAACACAAGUGAAUAAUGAUGAUAUAUUAAACAAUACAAAAUUGUUAACAUUUAAUCAAGUAACCAAUUUACAUGUUUAUAUAGUGGAAGAACAUCAUGAAGUCAUUCCUUACUGGUUUGAUGCUGCCAAAUCAUUUAAUAAUAAGAAAGCUGUUUUGAUGGACAAAGCUGGUUACUUCAAAUGACUGUAUAUAGUUUUAUCUCUCGUUCAGAUACAGUCUUCUUCAUUUAUUAAGCUUUGAUGCAAUAUUGAACAAAACCUAUCUAAAUCAUUAGCUAAGCUUCAUAUUGAUGCUCAUAGUGAUAUGGAUUAUCCAGAAUUAGUAGAUGAAUUUCCAGUUGGUCAUUUUCCUCACUCAACUAAUGAAAUGAAAACAUUAAUGCAAGCCAAUGAUGAAUUUAUUCAGAGUGCAAUUAUUACGAAUCUUAUUCAAACUGUAUAUAUUAUAUAUCCAUAUUGGACAUUUAAUACAAGUUAUGCAUAUACAUCUAGUUUAGGUAUAACAACAAUUAAUAAUACAAAACAAAUUUGUAUGUGUCUUAAUAUUAAUACUACUGUUAAUAAUACUGAUAAUGAUGUUGAUAAUCUUGAUGAUGAAGAAGAAGAUCAUUGUAAAACUCGUAAUCAAGUUAAUCCUUUAAAUGAUUUUAUAUUAUCAUCAAAUCAAUGUCCUAAAACAUGGUUAUAUCAUUAUAUUGAAUUAAAUUCAUUAACAGCAUCAAAUAUUUUACGUUAUUCAAAUUAUUGGUCAUUAAAUAAACUAUUAAAUUUAAAUUUAAUAAAUCAUUCUAAAUCAAUGACAUUUGAUCACCAAGGAAAUCAACCAAAUCCUCCUCAUCAUCAUCAUCAUCAUCAUCAUCGUCAUGAUGAGUAUUUACCAUUAAUACUUGAUAUUGAUGAAGAUUUUUUUGGUGUACAUCUAGUUACACAUAAUUUAUUAAAAUCUGGUUUAAAUAUAAAUUUUAUUCAUACAAUGAAUUCAAUUAUUUCAUUAAUAUUUUGUCCAAUUCAUUAUAUUAAUGAAAUACAUAUUGAUCAAAUUUAUCGUUGGUUACUUGAAUACAUUUAUAUCAAUAAACAUUUAAGAAAUAAUUAUAAAUCAAUAAUCGAUCAUAAUCAAUUAAUGAUGAUCUUAAAGAAAAUCAAUAAAACUCUUCAAAUCACUGAUAUAUUCUGUUAUAAUUAUACAUUAUAUUUAAUGAAAUUAAAUGAAUUAUUUAUAAAUACUACAAUUACAUAUCAUCAAAUUGAUGUAUUAAAAUAUGUUGGUGUUUGUUUUACUAAUUCAUUAAUAACUUAUCAAUAUAUACCAGAAAUACAUUUAUGUUUAGGACAUAAUUUACCUAAUCAAUCAUUAGUAGAUGAAUUUUUACCAAUAUCAAAUGAUUUAUUAAAAUUAGCUAUACAUUUUACACAAAUUUUAUUAACAAUCCCAUAUCAACCAAAUAUAAUUACUAUAGCUCGGUCAUCACGUGAUGGUUAUACACCUAGAUGGUUACAAUAUGAUAUUGAAUUGAUGAUAUUAAAUAUAUUAAAAAAAGUAUUUCAUUUAACUGAAAAGAAUAUAAUUUAUACAAAUCAUUUAGCUGGUGAUAAAUAUUAUGGUUGGUAUCAUCGAUUUACAUAGAAACAUGAAAAUCAAUAAAAUACAUAUGCUAAUAACAGACUGAUCAAUUUCAGUCUUAAACCUCAAUGGGAAGAUACAACUCAAACAAUACCAAGUGAAUACAUAUUAUGUAAUUUUUAAGAAAAAAAAGAAAGGAAAAGAAAAAAAAUAUAACAAUAGACGAUUUAUAAACAUGUAAAUACAUCGUAAUUGAAUAAUGAUUUCGUCAGAAAUUUCCAAUGGUUUAGAAAUCUUUUAAAAAAUAGUAUUAGAUGGGUUUUAUGGAGAUUUUAGUAGUUUCAAUGGUUAAGAGCAUAAGACAGUUGAAGGUAGACCACCAUGGUAAACCUGGAAACACUGGACGGCCGUUGAGUCCUAUUGUGGGACAUAGUAGAAGGGGUUUUGUGGAGAUUUCGGUAAUUUUUAUAAGUUGAAUUUAUAAAUCAACUGAAGCUAGAUCAAUAUGGAUAACCUGGAAGCACUGGACGGCCGUUUUGUUGUAGUAUGCAAUUCCUCAACAGUGCAUAUCCACGAUCUCACCCCGCGAGAUUCUAAUCCAGAAUCUAUCAGUCUAGUGUGUGAACGCUUAACCUCUAGACCCCUGAGUCGGCCGGAAUCCAAUGGUGUUGAGGUGUUCCAUACUAGGACGAAACGGUCAUCCAGUGCUUCCAGGUGUUCCAUAGUAGUCUAGCUUCAAUUAACUCAUGAAUUCAACUUUGUGACUUUCCGGUAUAAAACAUUGAUAAAUAUUCGUACAAUCGAAUAGGAGAACUAUAGGUAAACAUUAUACCAUUUGGUCAAAAAAUUUGAGUUUACUGACUUAAAUUUUGAGUCAUAUUACUUUCAUAAUCUAUAGUAAUCGUCACUUAAUGUUAUCAGUGAAUUCUCUCACUCCAGACAUGGUUAUAACUUAGAAGUUUAUGAAUAAUUGUAUUGAAACAAGUCAAUAAAUGAUAAUUAUAAGGAUGAUUUGUAUAAUGACUAUUGUAUAAUUUGAUGUUGAUUUGUAAUAUUAACUGAUAUCAGCCGUUUUCAAUGACUGUUAAUUUGAGCUCAGGUGACUGACUAAGAUUACCAUCAAGUUAUUUUUGUUAUUAGAAAAUAAAGGUUUAAGUUUUGUAGUAAUUUUUAGUCGUUUAAACGUUUUGUUUUGUACCGUCUAUAAUUCUUUGAAUGAAAUUAAAACAACUGUGGUUUAAAUUUAUUAUUUACACCAGCCCAUACAAUAAUGACCAAUUUUUUACACCAUCCGCCGCUGUACUCCUCAAACCUGUCACCCGACAUUAUUCAUAAUUUUAAAAAAUGGAUAUAAAAGCCAAUAAUUUGUUCAGUAGUUAUCUUUUAAUCAACAAUAAGCUCUGGUAAUCAUGUUGUCACUAAUUUAGAUUCAAGUUCGAACUUUUUUUCAAAAUCUAACUUUAGGGAUAAAGAAAAAUCCAAUCGUUUUAAUGUCAGUCUGAUUCUUCAAUAAAUAUCGUCUUUAAAAUUAAGGAAACUAAAUUUCCUUUGUCCGUCAGAACCACAAUUAAUGUAAUACAAUGGAAAUCAAGAAAUAUAUUUCACAUGUUUGAACACUUAGUGCAUUUGUAUCUGCAUUGAUCUUCUUAAAGAAAUAUGCAUUCAGCACAAUUAAACAGCGAUAUUAAUAAGACGACUGAAAAUGUUCCAGGUUUUGUACUACCAAGAUUCUACUAGAAUAAAUUAUACAAAGGUGUAUAAAACUUCCAUGUGAAUUGAACUUAAACAUAAACGCUAUGUUUACAAUUAUAUCGCAUUCCUCAGUCAUCCGAUUCAUAGAGAAUUAUGUAUGGUUCAUAGAAGUUUGACUAACUUAUUACACGAAUGAGAAGACUUAGAAUGACUAGGAAGUUUUGGCCGACAAACCGAGAAAAAUGUACACAAAUCGUGGGUAUACAUAUAUUCGCCAUUUUGACUAAGCGUAUGAUCGGCCUCAGCCAGCCACUUGAUUUUAAGAUGGUAAGUGGCCACAGUUUGGACUCGUUCAGUCUAUGUAGAAAACAAACAGUAUCCCUAUUACUGAAUGUUGAAAAAAAUGAAAUAGUUGAUAAUAUGUGAAUCUACCUAUUCACUAAAAAGUGAGCUUUAUUCAGUCGCCAGUUUUUUUGGUUCUUAAAUUCUAAUCUACCUAAAUAGCUACUACCAAAUUCUAUUUAUCGCUGAGCCUGUAUCCAAUGGUGUUAAUAUCUAGCUUCAAAAGUGUUUAUAAGUUAUCAGUGGUGUUUUAACUUAGAUACGUUUUUGAUUUCAAUGAAAUUCAACAAUAUCAACAACCCAAAUAUUGAUAAACAUCAUGUGCUCACUAGUGACUGGAUUCAGAGUUCUAGUCAAAAGCCGUAACCAGUAGAGAAUCAAACCGUGUCAAUUAUGAGGCAGUUAUCCACUGAAGACAAUCAAUGAUUGUCAAGAAGCGUCAUGGAUUGAUUAAAAUUAGACAUCAACACUGACUUAGUGGUUUAUAGGUUAAAAAUUCACGUGCAAUACUACAAGUCCUGUAUUCGAUUCCAAUGUACGGAAUCGUGAAUAUACACUACUGAGUAAUCCCAUACUCGAAUAAAACGACCGUUUACUUCCUCCAGGUUUUUAAUAUUGGUCUAACUUAGAUCGGUUUAUGAUUUCAAUUGAAUUUAUUCUUUGUCUUAAUGGUUGUUAUUGAAAGCUUGAUUCAUUGUUAAAUAUGUUC